CGAUGAUUCCUUUUUCACAACAGAGUUGAAAGCCGUGAGCAAAGACGGAGCUUUCGCGUUUGACUAAAUUUUUUCUUUCUCUUUUUGUUGUUAUUUUCUCCAACUGCUUCUCUUUCCUACCCACUACGGAUAUUUUGAGCAGGCGCUAAGAAAAGGUCCGCUCUCUGCUGAUUUUGUGCUUCAUGUGAAAGUUUGCACGCGUUAGUGAAAAUUAACGACGAAGUUUACAUUGCUUGUUGCUUUUACAAAUUGUUGAAUGGAUUGUCUUACUACGGACAACUUUAUAAUGUCGAACUUUCCAAGAUGUCUUGAAAUAUCAACAAUAGCUCACUUCAGUUAAAGCACGAUAGGUAAACCAGGCUCCAAAAUACAUCGUACAAAGUGGCGGAAGGACCAAAUUCCGCGGCUGAAAAUGAUCCCUAUCGUCAAAAUGCCACAGAAAAUAUGACAAGAUCAGACAAAAUGGACAAUAAAUGGGACCCAGGGCCUCCUAUAGCCUUGGUUGGGUCCUCUGCUCCCAACGUUCCAACUGCCCCACAUGUUCCAUCUAUUCCUCAACCUCCUACAUUGCCGUAUGGAGCUAACCUACCAUCAGGCUCUCUGCCUCAACCUCCAGGUUGGCCCCAACAAGCGUUGAGGAGGAGUCAGUCCAGAUCGACUUCCUCUUUGCCUCCUGAACCCUUCAUGAUCAUGAAGAGCCGGACACUCAACAAACGUGUAACUAUCAAUGUGGGUGGUGUAAAACAUGAAGUGCUGUGGAGGACUUUGGAAAAUCUACCUCAUACGAGGCUGGGGAAGCUGAAAGAUUGUAACACGCAUGAAGCUAUCAUGGAGAUGUGUGACGAUUACAGCUUAAUGGACAAUGAGUAUUUCUUUGAUCGCCAUCCACGCUCCUUCAGCGCUGUCCUGAAUUUCUACCGAACAGGAAAACUGCAUUUGGUGGAAGAAAUGUGUGUGCUGGCCUUCAGUGAUGAUCUCAACUAUUGGGGAAUCGAUGAGCUCUACCUGGAAUCCUGUUGCCAGCACAAAUACCACCAGAAGAAAGAACACGUUCAAGAAGAGAUGAGGAAAGAGGCAGAAUCCUUGAGGCAGAGGGAGGAAGAUGAGUUUGGGCACCACCGGUGCUCGCAGUACCAAAAAUUUCUGUGGGAUUUGCUGGAAAAACCCAAUUCUUCUGUACCUGCCAGGAUUGUUGGCGUGAUAUCAGUAUUGUUCAUAGUUCUAUCAACAGUAGCAUUGACAUUAAACACUCUGCCAUCGCUGCAAGGAGAAGACGAGAAAGGAAACCCCACCGAUAACCCUGAACUGAGUAUUGUCGAAGCCGUCUGCAUCACGUGGUUUACUCUGGAAUAUUUGCUAAGGUUCCUAUCAGCCCCCAAUAAAUGGAAGUUCUUCAAAAGCGCAUUGAACGUCAUUGACAUAUUAGCCAUACUCCCAUACUUCAUAUCAUUGUUCCUCAUCGAAACCAACAACAGCUCAGAGUCCUUCCAAGAUGUCAGGCGUGUGGUGCAGAUCUUCAGAAUCAUGAGGAUCUUGCGAAUCCUGAAACUGGCGCGACAUUCCACUGGCUUACAAAGUUUGGGCUUCACUCUACGUAACAGCUAUAAAGAGCUAGGACUUCUUAUGCUGUUUCUGGCGAUUGGUGUGAUGAUAUUCUCAAGUUUGGCUUACUUUGCCGAGAAAGACGAGCCAGACACUAGAUACACGAGCAUUCCAGAGACAUUUUGGUGGGCUAGCAUUACCAUGACCACAGUAGGUUAUGGGGACAUUUGUCCCACCACUCCAUUGGGGAAAGUGGUAGGAACGGUGUGUUGCAUAUGCGGCGUGCUUGUCAUCGCUCUGCCCAUUCCCAUUAUAGUGAACAAUUUUGCCGAAUUCUACAAGAACCAGAUGAGGCGAGAGAAGGCGAUUAAACGGAGAGAGGCAUUCGAGAAAGCUCGAAGGAAUGGCAGUAUUGUGACAUUCGGCAAUGUGAAUCUUCGAGAUGUUUUCGCUCAAAGCAUGGAUUUGAUUGAUGUUCUGGUGGAUACACAGCGGAAUGUCAGCCAAGUUGAUACGGGCAGUGUUGAGGAAGAUUCUUCGCGGUUUACGACAACUGGCACGGGAUGUUACCGUAACCACGAUCAUGCUUUCAAGAGACUAUCAAAUGGGGCUGCAGACGAUGGCAAAGCUCAGAAUUUGCCGAGUGUGGUGGAUAUAGCACCGGGUGUGGUUAAUCCCAGCGCCAACAACACUCUGGAUCUGCCCCAACAUAUUGAUGAGUUACAACCAAUCAAACCUCAGGUAAAAGAAUUUAUUGAAUUGGAGGAUAAAAGCGUUUCGUUAACAAACAAUGGAACAACUUUGAACUUUUACACUCCUCUAUGCAGAAUUAAUUUUAUCUCCAGAAUUGGAACAAACAAUCAGCGAUCUAUUAAAGGAAUAAAAUCUUCGGAGAUGAUUUCCGACAAAUGGCGAAAAUUCAAGUGAAUUAAUAUUGUCCAAGACUAACUCUGCUGAGUAUUGGAAAGAAUAUUCUUUGUUGUUCAUCAGUAUUCUUCAAAGCUAUUUUGUAAAACUUUUUAAGCAUCAGUCCAAUGUGUUCUUAAUCCAAGUGCUUUUCGCUGAGAACGAACUUAAAACAGCAUCCAACGCUUCCCAAUUCCUCUGUGCAAUUUAAACAUCGUUAACUCAAGACGUCGAUAUUUUUGGAAGAAAUGGAUGGAAAAUAUUUUUAAACGAGUUGCAUUCAUUUUGAAAUUAUUUUUAAAAAGCUCUUCUGGAGUAUUUCUUCUGAUAUUUUUAAUGUUAUUACUAACUUUCAAAGAUGGGCAUAGAAAGGUACCUUUAUCACUGCUCCUCAGAGAUUAAAAAAUCAAAUAAGAAAGAAGGAAAAUUACUGGAUGAAAUUAAAAUGUGCCAAGUCUCUGGGAGACUUUCUGCUCAAGUAGCGUCUUUGAACUUAUUCUCACUGCU